AUGUCGCGAACCACGGAAGAUACCCCGCUGCUGUUGGGCCCCACAGCCGAUGAAUUUGGAUCCCCGAAUGAUGAACGAUAUGCUCCCAUUGUGGAAAGACAUCAACAACGAUGCACCAAAACCAUCUUCAUUUUGACGUGGAGCUCGGCACUGCUCGCGGUCUUCAUCCUUGUUCUGAACCUGAUCAUCAUAUUCAUAUUUCUUGCCCGAUUCGGGAAUAUCAUGCCCUGGCCACCAGAGGGUGCUCUAGUUGCCCUCUUGUUUACGCUCCUGCCCGCCGGAUUGAUCUCGUUCCUUAAUCUGGCUCGUCUGUAUCUCUGGAACCGACCUAUCUGGCUCUGGUUGAACCUGAUCCUGGACCUCGCCAUCGCUGUAUUCUCAAUCGGUAAUGGUCUAUCGGGGUUGGGCCUCGGCCGCUCCAGCUGGGACGCAGAUGUACCCCUAUGGUUCAUCCGUAUCGCCCAGGUCGUAUCCUCGUUGGCUGUGGUGUUCGGACUGAUUCACUUGGCUCUGUUCCUCGUGCGAUGCUUCCUGUCCUUCAGCUACCGGCCCUGGCGUGAAUAUCGCAAUUGGACGUUGCCCCGUGGGCGCUUUAGCAUUGAGUUCAAGGUGCAAUUCAUUCGACAGUCGGACAACGCCGAGGCGUCGCCCGACACUACUGCCUCUGGCACCGGAAUCCAGGCAGAAGUGGCGGCGCAGAGGGUUUGA